AUGAGUCUCUCCGCGACAGCCACCAGCCCCCUCGCAGGCCCGUCCCCCCUCCGCGACAUCGUCCGGCCCCAGUUCCACCAGAACAACUUUGCAGAGGAGCUCUUCGUCAAGAAUGAACUCGGCAUCAAGCUCGACAAAGACGACCAGAUCUGCCGUCUCUCGCUUACGCCCACGGGCUGCCCCCUCGGGCCCCUCCACUGCCCUCUGAGACAUACCACCCCCUCUCCCGCGAACUUCCAACCCCCGAAGCAGCUCCCGACGCACCCCCGCGAACGCGAGCGUCUCGCGACCGUAUGCAAGCACUGGCUCAGAGGCCUCUGCAAGAAGGGCGAUGCGUGUGAGUUCCUGCACGAGUACAAUCUCAGGCGCAUGCCCGAGUGCUGGUGGUACGCAAAGUACGGCUAUUGCUCGGCAGGAGACGAGUGCUUGUACGCCCACCCCAAGGAGCGCCGCAUCGAGUGCCCGGACUACAACCGCGGCUUCUGUAAGCUUGGUCCCACAUGUCCCCGCAAGCACGUACGCAGGGUAGCAUGCCAGCUGUACCUGACCGGCUUCUGCCCAUUGGGCUCGGAGUGCCCACGCGGACACCCGAAGCCCGGCAUUCCUGCUCCAGAAGCCUACGAGCCGCCACCCCAACCCUCCAUGCGCGAGCUCGGCCCUCCGCCACCCGGGUACGGUAGGUACGCAGACUUUGACGGCGCAGAAAGGUGGCCUGGCCAGCGGCCGCCCGGGGGUGGUGGUUCUGGUGGCCCGCCAGGACCUCGGAGGAACAUCGAGGAUGUGGUCUGCUUCAAGUGCGGAGAAAAGGGCCACUAUGCAAAUCACUGUCGUAAUAUCACCCAAUACAGGAAGCGGUAAUGCAUCGCGAAUCUGCGCGGUUACGACGACAGUUGAGGGUGUUGCCACGGUCAUGUUCGAUCGUGCAGUACGGGUAUGGUGCAUUGACAUGCAGUAUGUGUCCAGCAUAGCUAUGUGCGUAUAAUACAGUCCGACUGUGUAGUGCGAAUGCGACGUGGCUGCUCGUAAGUUACGCCAAGCGCGACAACGCAGACAGCACAGAUUCUAACAAAGAGUGAUGUGUAAGUACGCAGGCAGCGACGAAACCCACGACGAAGACGGCGAAAAAUCUAAUAUACAGCAAACAGACAGC